UAGAUAACACAAAAGAGAUAAACGCAUACAAACGAAUAAAUGCAAAUAUAAUAAAAAAUAAAAAUAUCGUUUUGAAAAUUUUUUUAAUUAAAAUAUGCUUAAAGUGUAAAAAUAGCAGAGAAUUAAGUUAUACAACCGCAGUACAUAUAUUAAUGAAUCGUAUACUGAGCUGAGAAAGUGAAAUAAUGCAGAAUUGCAUCUAAAAACAAAAAAACUUGUGCCACACAACUGUCACAACACAAAAAUAUUAAAAUUUAUUGCUGAAAACAUUACAAGAAAUUUUAAAAAUUAUCCAAACUUUUGAAAAAAUGAUGCAUAAAGUUGAUCCAACUUAAUUUUUUCCAAAAUAAUAAAAUCAAUUUUCAAAACCUAUACAUAAGAAGAAACUUCAAUAUAAAAUACCUUAUUGUACAAAUCAUCGAAUACAAGAAAAAAUCCAUCGAACAUCUCAUCUGUAUUAAAACAACAUAUUAACACAGAAGUUUUUUCAUUAAAAAUUUCAUCAUUUUUAUGUUAUAGUAUAGGCAGUUUUAAGUGCUAAUAUAAUUAUUAUAAUUUUUAAGUUCACGCAUUUUUAAAUACGAAAAGCUUUACAAAGUAAAAAAAGAAUCUCGUGGCCAUUAAGUUAUGUCCACAGACAUUACUAUAAACUGCAGCAGCGGAAGUUGUAUUACACAGCAGCAACAAAAACAACAGCAUCAAUCACAACAACUUAAUAAUAGUUGUAGCAAUUUAAAACGUGAAAAACAUACUGUUCAUUGGUUUCGUAAAGGACUGCGUUUACAUGACAACCCAGCACUUCGUGCCGGUAUAAAUGGUGCAACAACAUUACGAUGUAUUUUUGUAAUUGAUCCAUAUUUUGCUGGUAGCUCUAAUGUUGGAAUAAAUAAAUGGAGAUUUUUACUGCAAUGCCUAGAAGACUUAGAUCGAAGCCUUCGAAAGCUCAAUUCUCGAUUAUUUGUUAUUAGAGGUCAGCCAGCAGAAGCAUUUCCAAAGUUAUUCAAAGAAUGGAAAACAACUUGUUUAACUUUUGAAGAAGAUCCUGAACCUUAUGGAAAAGUACGCGAUCAAAAUGUUACAGAAAUGUGCAAAGAAUUUGGAGUUGAAGUUAUUGUUGCUGUAUCUCACACUCUAUUUAAAUUAGAUACAAUAAUUGAAAAAAAUGGUGGCAAACCGCCAUUAACAUAUUAUCAAUUUCAAUCCAUAAUUGCAUCAAUGGAUCCACCGGCACAAUCAGAACAAGCUAUUACUCCUGAAUGUUUGGGAACCACCUAUACGCCUAUCAUGGAUGAUCAUGAUGAUAAAUAUAACGUACCAACAUUAGAAGAAUUAGGAUUUGAUACUGAAGGUCUAAAAGCUCCUGUUUGGGUUGGCGGUGAAACUGAAGCCUUAGCACGUUUAGAAAGACAUUUAGAACGUAAGGCAUGGGUUGCAUCAUUUGGUCGACCUAAGAUGACACCACAAUCUCUAUUAGCAAGUCAAACAGGUUUAUCACCAUACCUAAGAUUUGGCUGUUUGAGUACAAGACUUUUUUAUCAUCAACUAACAGAUCUUUACAAAAAAAUUAAAAAAGCGAUGCCUCCUUUAUCAUUACAUGGACAAUUACUAUGGCGUGAAUUUUUUUAUUGCGCUGCUACACGUAAUGCGAAUUUUGAUAAAAUGGAAGGAAAUCAAAUUUGUGUACAAAUACCUUGGGAUAAAAAUGCUGAGGCUUUAGCAAAAUGGGCAAACGGUCAUACUGGAUUUCCUUGGAUAGAUGCAAUUAUGACACAACUUCGAGAGGAAGGUUGGAUACACCAUUUAGCUAGACAUGCUGUGGCAUGUUUUUUAACGAGAGGUGAUCUUUGGAUAUCAUGGGAAGAAGGAAUGAAAGUCUUUGAAGAAUUAUUACUUGAUGCCGAUUGGUCCGUAAAUGCUGGAAUGUGGAUGUGGUUGAGCUGUUCAUCUUUUUUUCAGCAAUUCUUUCAUUGUUACUGUCCUGUACGUUUCGGGCGGAAAGCUGAUCCAAAUGGCGACUAUAUUAGAAAAUACUUACCUGUACUGAAGAAUUUUCCUGCUAAAUAUAUUCACGAACCAUGGAAUGCCCCGGAAAGUGUUCAAAAAACAGCAAAAUGUAUCAUUGGAAAAGAUUAUCCAGUUCCAAUGGUGAAUCAUGCUGUAGUAAGUCGAACCAAUAUGGAGCGAAUGAAACAAGUUUAUCAACAUUUAACAAAAUAUCGAGUGCCUAGAGAAGAAAAAGAAAAUCCAAAUAAAGGGGUUUCAGCCAUUGCUGACUAUUUAGCUGCAGCAUCUCAUACGCAGUCAUAUAUUCCGUAUGCUAUAUCAAGUCCUAGUCCAACAACAGUAAUAGCUAAUACAAAUAAUUCUGGUAAUUAUUUAUGCCAACAAUGGACACCAAAUAGUCAACAGAAAUCUGCUAUAGUUAGUAGAGAUCGUAUUUUGACCGUAAAUACUACAUCAACAAUUACUCAAAAUGAGUAUGAAAAUCAAUUAACAUCUCAAAGAUCAAAUAAUAUGUCGCAGAAUGUAUUGCCAUUAAAUAUGUCUGAACGUGAUGUAAAAGAUCGAAAUCAAACAAAUCAACAGCAAUUAGCAAUGCAAAGGCAAUACUAUGAAACACAACGACUUAAUUUAGAAAAUACAAGACAUCAACAUCAAGAUAGAAGUUUAAGUCAAACUUAUUCUCAUAUUAAAAUCUCAUCUGAAAACCCAUAUUACGCUAAUAAUAAACCAAUUAUAACGGAUGAUAAUUUAACUUAUAGAAAAGAACGUAUCAAUAACAGCGUUAUUAUGCAUUAUGGAUAUUAUAGGCCUAUUGAACAUGAAAAUGGUUUUACAGUUCCAGAUAACUAUUGUAAUGUUUAUCCGGGAACAGGUAAUAAUCAAUGUAAUCAUCGUGAAGUUAUUGUUUCACCACAUAGUAAUAACAUUGCGUAUAGAAAUCAAAGCAGUAUACCAGAAAAUGAGAUGAUCUUUCGAAGAAAUAAUCAGGAACAAUUACUUCAACAACAACACCAACAAGAUCGUCAACAUCUGCAACAACAUCAAUUAGAAGCCCAACAAAUGAUCGAUGUUAAAGCUGAAAAUGAAGAUUGUCAAACAAGAGCUCCCAGCAGUAAUGUAAAUGAAACUAAAGCUUUGCAAAUUAAUUUAAAAUGUGAACUUGAAGAGCAUGAAAAAUAAAAACAAAAAUUUAUUACACGAAUAUUUUAAUAUAGAAAAUUUUAAAUAAUAUUUUUAUUAUUUUAUU